CCAAUUCCAUAACCAUGAUCAUUCUCUUCUUUCUUUUCCUUUUCAUUUCCCAUCUAAGCACUGCAUUCUCAGCCCAUUGCAGCACCGUCACCGCCACCAAAACUUUCCAAAAAUGCAUCACACUCCCCACACAACAAGCUUCCAUUGCUUGGACAUUCCAUCCCCACAAUGCUACAUUAGACCUUUGUUUCUUCGGUACUUUCAUUUCUCCUUCCGGUUGGGUCGGGUGGGGAAUCAAUCCCACGUCCCCGGAGAUGACCGGUACGCGUGCUCUCGUUGCGUUUCCUGAUCCUAAUUCCGGGCAGUUAGUACUACUGCCUUACAUUCUAGACCCGUCUGUCAAGCUCCAAAAAACUCCGCUCCUCUCUCGACCGCUCGACAUCCACUUGAUUUCCUCGUCGGCUACGUUGUACGGUGGCAAGAUGGCUACUAUACACAAUGGUGCCACUGUUCAAAUUUAUGCCACGGUGAAACUCGUACCGAACAAGACCAAAAUUCACCAUGUUUGGAACAGAGGAUUGUAUGUCCAAGGCUACUCCCCAACCAUCCAUCCCACGACAUCGAACGACCUUUCCUCAAUAACUACGUUCGAUGUCUUGUCUGGCUCAGCCGCUACACAGCACAACAACAUGGAUAUGCUGAAACUCGUUCACGGAAUCCUCAACGCCAUCUCCUGGGGCAUAUUACUCCCGACAGGAGCCGUCACGGCACGAUACUUACGCCACAUACAAGCACUAGGACCUACAUGGUUUUACGUCCAUUCGGGGAUCCAGUUGUCGGCAUUUUUCUUCGGAACUGUGGGGUUCGCUAUCGGGAUCAGGUUGGGUGAAAUGUCACCAGGAGUGACUUACGGACUCCAUAGGAAGCUUGGAUUCGCAGCAUUUAGCUUGGGGGCCCUUCAAACACUAGCUCUGCUGUUCAGGCCUAAGACGACACAUAAAUUCAGGAAGUACUGGAAAUCUUACCACCAUUUUGUAGGGUAUUCAUGUGUGGUUCUUGGGGUUGUGAAUGUCUUCCAAGGCUUCGAAGUAAUUGGGGAAGGCAGGUCCUAUGCGAAGCUGGGUUAUUGUUUGUGCUUGUCGACAUUAGUAGGUGUUUGUAUAGCUCUGGAAGUGAAUUCUUGGGUGAUAUUUUGUAGGAAAUCUAAAGAAGAAAAGAUGAGGAGAGAAGGACUGAUUUCAGGGUCGGAUAAAGGUAGUGGAAUUCACAGUGGAACCCAUAGUGGAGUCCUUGGCUAAAUAAACAAAACACAAGAAAGAAGAUUCAACACCAGAGACUAAGCAUCAUCUUUGGGGUUUAAUCUUUUUA